CAAUCCUAUUAGAACAACCAGGCUAGCCCUGCGUCUCUAAUGACAAUGUGAAUCGAUAAUUUUGUCGAUUCGUUGAUUAACUUUCAAGUGUUGCAAAUAGUAUUGUCUUAGACGGACAACUCGGGGAUUUCCGAUGGCACUCUUUAACCCCUUUCAGGUCGUUAUAUUUCCGUUCCUCUUCCUCAUCGCUCUCCCGCUCGCCCUCUGCGCCGGAUUCACGACCAUCUUGGCUUUUAUGGUUUUGUUCCUGCGUCUAUUCCUCGUCUACUUCGAUGUCGGAUUAGAGACUGUGCGUUAUAUAUUGGUUGGUCAUGCCGCGCAUACCCGCUCCGUGGCAGCAAGACGGGCUCCUUCGAUUCCCCCACUACCCUCGCCGGAACGCUCUCUGUCGUCCUCGCCAGAGCCACGACAUCGCCAUCGACGUAAAACGCAAGGCAGCGCAAGCAGUGGUUCUAUCACGCCCGCAAAUAGCCUUGAUGGAUUUGCCCUAACACCUACCAUCGGGGUCGAGAGGGAUUUUGAGGGCGUAGGCGGAUGGAGAUUGGAUAGCGUGGACGUGGAUGCUGAUGCCGCUGACGACCAUCAAUGGUACAACCUGAAUUCGCGGCUUGAUCUCCCGGGCCGUCGUCAUCAUUUCAGAUCACAAAGUGGAAGCGCGGCGUCGGGAACGAAUGGAUUAGGACUUUAUAUGAAAGGCGCCAACACGACCGCAGCUUACAAUCCGGAGGGAUCAAGAAUAUAUACGUCGCCUAACAGUUCGAAGUCGAGGACACCAACGAGUAGUAGGCCAUAUGGUUUUACGAAACUUGACGGGGAUGAGUAUUUCCCAAUGAUGGAAGGGAAGUAUGUGAAGAAUGGUCGGUUGUAAGAGAAACUGAAAAAUUGAGGGAUGCUCUUUUUUUCCUUUGCGAAGUUCGACUUGUCUGAGUAGAAGGGAUUGGCGUUUGAUAAGACCAUAUAUCAUUGGUUAACGGCAAGGUUUUUUAGGUAUGUGGGAUUCGGGAGUUUGGUCAAAGCCGAAAAUUAUGAACAACGAUUAGGUCUAUUGAAAGGGAUUUAAAUGCUGGCAUCACAUC